AUGCGCGGCGACCUCGGGGAAGUGAGAGGAGUUCGAGGGGCUCUAGGGCGCAGGGGGAAGAGCCUUCCCAAUCCUUGGCCGCCGACCCCCUUCGCAAACAGGGCUCCAGUGCCGCAGGUCACGGGCAUUGAAUUUAAUCUAGGCGCGGGUACCGUCUCCCGGAUCCGGAUUUGGGGAGCGCAAGUGCCCCCUGUGGCCGGCCCGCGCCUGACCCCGCGGGCCAGAGAAGGCAGAAGCAGCCGGCGCGCGGCCCAGGAGGAAGUUGGAGCCGCGGGGCCGGGAAGGGGGCAGGUCGGCGCCGCGGACCAGGCGGGGGCCCGAUGGGGCCAGGGCCACCCCGGGGCCCUGCGCCCAGGCCGGCCUGGGCUCGCGUCCCCCCACGUGGCCGGCCGCCCGGGGCCCCACGUGGAAGGGGCGGAGGAAGAAGGGGAGCGAAGGGAGGGCCCGACUGCCGGCCGCUGUAGCGGGACCCCCGCCCCCGCCGCCGAGGCCCCAGUGUUUCGCGAGGGCCUCCCGGGCGGGGCCGGGCCGGGGAGUGCCCGCCGCGCCCGGCCCCCUCGCCCGCCAGCCGCGCCUGUGUGCACUUUCGCGGAGCCACUAAUCCCCCGAGAGAGCCGAUUUGUAGUGAGGAAGAGACCCCGCCUUUACCCAAAAAAAAAAAAAAAAAAAAAAAAGGAGCGAGGAGUGAGCGAGCGGCGACCCUCACCUCGCCUCCCGCCUCGCUCCUGCGCAGCCGGCGGGCACCGGGCGACGCGGCCGGCGCCGCUUCUUUCCCUUUCCCUUUCUCUCCGUUUUCCGCCUCCUUCCCGGGAGGAGAAAACAAAUAAAGAAGAGCAAAUAGCCGGGAGGCGCAAGGCAUCCAGGACGCUCCCUCCCCCGAUCCAAGUUGGAAUUAGCAUCCUCUUGGGGGUGGCCCGGGAGCGGCCCAGAGAAGCCGGCGGCGGCCCGAGGAGCGAGGGACCGAGCCGGGAGCCAUGCCGCGCUGAGGGGGGGCCGCACAGCCGCCGCCACCGCCACCGCCGCCGGGUGGGGUGGGAGGGGCGGGAGCCGCCGCCGCCGCCACCGCCUCCCGGGUGGGCGCCCUUCGCCGUGGACGCCGGCGGCCCGGGACGAGACUUCGAACUGUGGUCUGGCCGAUUGCUCCCAUCUGCCCUUCAGGGACGGGAUGGAGCAGGAGGCCCAGCGUGGAUGCCAAGUGGGAAUGAUAUUUCUCCCCAGGAGCACUCAAGAGAUGUACCUUAUUCCUUUUUCUCAGCGAUUUCCGGUUAUGGGCUAGAAGUCACUCCAGGAGGGCAAUGAAUAAAGAGUAUAUU